AUGGCAGAGGUCGUCCGCCCGCUCGACCCGCGGGACAUUGUGGCGCCUCUGCUGCCGUCGCUGCCUGUCGCCGCCAUCGCCUCCCAACCCGCCUCGGGCGUCCUCCCGCUGCUCUCGCCCAUCCUCCGCCAGCGCGUCCAGUUUUUGUCCGCGUCAAGCUCCGAGCCCUGGAUCCGCCUGCUGUCCUACGACCCGGCCAAGGCCGCCAAGCUCGCCGAGAUUGCCCGCAGCGCCCGUCUCGAGCCGCACCCGGUCUCGGGCGAGAUCGAAAUCGACUGGGACUCGAGCACGGGCGACCACGUGGAGACACGGUACAAGCGGCUGGACGUGGAGACGCUGCAGGCGCUUGUGCUGCUGCGGGACCUGGACCUCGUGUUCCGGCUCGUGCACUGCGCGGGCGACGAGCAGGGUGCCGGCCCGGCGGGCGGAAGCAGCGGCUGGCGGGUGGGCGAGGUGAGUGUGCCGGACGUGCCCGAUGCGUUUGCGUCCUUUGGCGGGCACGCCACGGUGGCCGAGGCCGAGGGUGCCUUUUCCGCAGGCGCGGGCGCAGCGACGGCGUUGGCUGCAGGCACCGCCAACCCAACAAACAACAUACCAGCUCUUAGCAACGCGAACUCGACAACCGACGACGACGACGAAGACGACGACUACUGGGCACGAUACGACGCCACGCCCGCCCGCACACCGGCCGUCAAGCGCUCGCCCGCGCCCCCUUCGAUACGACAGGCCACCCACAACAAGGACAGCAGCAGCUACGCCGGCCAUGAUCCCAGCAGCCACCACCCCAACGCCGAGGCCGAGGACGCCUACUUUGCCCAGUACGACACCGUCCAGCCGGCCAUGGACAGCCACGAUCCAGACGAGGUGGUCGACGGCGAAGAGGGACAGUCGGGGCUGACGGGCGGCGUCACGGCCGGCUUGAUUCGCAGCCACAACCUCGGCCAGCAGGCGGCCGCCGCGGCGGCCGCGGCGGCCGCGUCGUCCGGCGCUCUGGCACCAGCACCAGAACACGCCGUCGUUGACGACGCGUACGAGGUCGACCACGAGCGCCUCGCCAACCUCGUGCACCCGCGGCCGGCGUCCGCGUCGAGCCACGGUUCGUCGUCGCUGGGCGGUGCCGGUGGAUCCGGCGGGUCGGCCGUGAUCGUGUCCAAGCUCGAAGCGUCGGCCGGUCGCCAGGAGCAGAGCGAGUUUGGUGUCAAGCAGCACGUCUCGCGCAGCAUCAAGAGCCUGUACAUGCUGGCGCGCGCCUCGGGCAUCGACCGCGACGAGUUUGAGCAGCUGGUCAAGACCGAGCUGGACAUGCUGUCGAUGCUCGAGGAGUAG